AAUAGGUUUGGGAGAUUAAAGAGAGAUAAAAAGAGAGUUUUCAUGAGUGAAAUACUUUCAUCUUUCAAAGUGGUUUAGAUUGAAACCAAUCUUGAGAUUCUUGCACUAGCAUUCUUGUAUUCUCAAGAUACUCCUUCUCAUCUCAAGGUUCCAUUGGUGUCGAGACUUAGAGGCCAUAUCCUUUUGUGGCUCACAAGUUGGAGAAAGAUCAAAGAGGAGAUCAACAAAGGGAAAUCAUCAAGAGAAGACCAAAACACAACUUGGUUCAUAUUAUAGCAUCAAGGCUAGUAGUAGAGUACCAACCCAACAAACGGCGGAAAGUUCAAGGUGGAACAAGGUUACGAGUAGGGUGCUCUCCUUCUCUUCUGUGUCGUCUCGUCGCUCGCUCCUCUCACUCUCAGUCUCUCAGCGGCCUCCGCCUCCGCGCCUCUCUCCUCUCAAUAUCACGCAGCCUCUCCGCUCCAUCUCAGCUAACUCUCUUUCUCAUCUCAUCUCAAUAUCAGAUUUGUCAAGUCUGUCAUUAACAAUAUGGCUGAUAUGUCAUCAUUUAUCUGAAGUUGGACAACAGGACCUUAUUCUCGACAGAGGAUAAUUCUGAGAUAAAAGUUGCAUAGUCCUUCAUAACAAAGACAUCUACUGUAUUACCAAUCGAAGAUGGCUUUUGAGGACAAAGAUCUUGUGGAAAUCUUAGAGGAGCAUAAACAAAUUGACAUUGCCAAAUAUAUCAAUUAUGUGAGUGCCCCACAGGCAGGUGCUAUUGCAACAUUUUCUGGUACCACGCGCGACACCUUUGAAGGCAAAACAGUCUUGGAGCUUAGAUAUGAAGCGUAUGUGCCCAUGGCAUUACGGUGCAUGAAGUCCAUUUGUUCAUCUGCUAGAUCAUCCUGGAAUCUCCUCUCCAUUGCAGUUGCCCACUGCCUCGGCCCAGUUCCAGUUGGUGAAACAAGUGUUUUCAUUGCAGUCUCAGCCGUUCAUCGGGCUGAUGCAUUGGAUGCUUGUAAAUUUGUGAUUGAUGAGAUAAAGGCAUCAGUUCCAAUAUGGAAGAAGGAGGUUUACAGUAAUGGAGAGGUUUGGAAGGAGAAUUCAGAGUUCCUGGAGCGAAGGCUGGAUCUUGGGAAAAAAGAUGAGAUGUGGAAUGAAAAAGAAAUUGAAGUUGAAGUUGAGAGGCAUACUAGGAAGAGCUGUUGUGGGGCUAAGGUAAAGGUCAUUGAGGAAGGAGAUAAAAAAUGAAGCUGAGCAAAGCUUCUAUUUAUUUAUGUUUAGGAAAGAUUUUCUCUGUCAUAAUGAAAUGUAACUCUUUAAAACCUAAUAAUCUUCUUUUUAUAUAAUAAGAAUAGGAACUUGGAGAUAACUUUGGCA